GCCACGUAGCUAGCUUCUAACGUUAGCCGUGUAGCUACAAUGGACUUGCCACAUCAUGGGUACCGAGCAACUAAACAGAGAGCUCGUGGAGCUCCCCCCGCAGGAGACCCGGUCUUGUUUGAAGACACCAGCUCAGCAGCAACUGGAGUGAACAACCAGGACUUUUACACACCUGGUUAUAACAUGGGUGGACCCUCAAAUGACAUGCAAGGAGGUGUAGGGGUAAACAACCUGUUCACUGAUCCAAUGGCUAGUGCUGCCAUGAUGUACGGCUCAUCUUUAGCCAACCAAGGGAAAGAUAUGGUAAACAAAGAGAUUAACAGAUUCAUGUCUGUGAACAAGCUGAAAUACUUCUUUGCAGUCGACACUAGAUAUGUACUGAAGAAACUCAUGAUCCUCAUGUUCCCGUAUACACAUCAGGACUGGGAGGUCCGUUACCAUCGAGACACUCCACUGACUCCCAGACAGGAUGUGAAUGCACCUGAUCUUUACAUACCAACCAUGGCAUUCAUUACCUACAUUUUACUUGCUGGAAUGGCUCUUGGCAUUCAAAAAAGAUUCAGCCCAGAGGUCCUUGGACUGUGUGCCAGCACUGCCAUCGUGUGGAUCAUCAUCGAGGUCCUGGUCCUGUUGCUGAGUUUGUAUCUGCUGACGGUACACACCGACCUCUCUACGUUUGAUCUUAUCGCUUACAGCGGAUACAAAUAUGUUGGAAUGAUCUUCACGGUGUUGUGCGGCUUGCUGUUUGGCAGUGAUGGUUAUUUUGUGGCCCUCGCCUGGUCCUCCUGCGCCGUUAUGUUCUUUAUUGUUCGAUCUCUGAAAAUGAAGAUUCUCCCCUCUCUCUCCCCGGACUCGAUGGGAAUGGGAUCAAGUGCCAAACCCCAACUCCGCCUUUAUAUCACCGUGGCAACUGCAGUCUUUCAGCCCAUCAUUAUUUACUGGUUAACGUCUCACUUGGUCAGGUGACUGAGGCAUUCAACAAUCUAAAGUCCAAAAAGGACUGGACCCAAAAAAUGUGGUGUUUUCUGAGAGUUUGUACACUCGCCCUCUUCUCUCAGUUUUCUCAUAACGUUAGUGGGAAGUGUUGAGCUGCAGCACGUGUUUUCAUGAAAAAGUUUUAUUAUUAUAACCAAAAGGUGUGAAACUAAACAUUAUUUUGUUUGUUGUGACUAAAUUAUAACUAAUCAAUGCUUUAUUGCUGUCUAAGCUUAAACACCUAAAAAAUGGCUUUUAUUGACAGUUUUGCAUAUUCAGAACUGGUUCUGUGUAAAACAGUCUUCAAUUAUUGGAUGUGUUUUGAAGUAUUAACCCACAAAGUACA